CUCACUCCUAUCUGUUAAAGGCGGAGUGACGCGUCGCGUUUCUAGGUUGGACGUUCUGUCUGCCGGAUUGACUUUCAUUGCUGCUGAAAAACGUUCAGGCUCGUCCCGAUACCGAUAUUUUAUUGGACAUCGCACUAUUGUGAGCCUGUGUUCCCAAUUUAAUUAUCUAUUUAUUUGUUUGCUCUGUUGUCCAAAAUGGGUUGCGCUGGAUUCACCUGCUCCAAACACUCCCUGUGUGCGCUCAACAUCCUCUAUGUUAUGGUGAGCUUGCUGAUGAUUGGAAUUGCAGCAUGGGGAAAGUGGUUUGGUCUAGUCUCCAGUUUCCAGGUGGUGGGUGGCGUCAUAGGAGUGGGGGUCUUCCUCUUCUUUGUUGCUCUGGCUGGUCUCAUUGGUGCAAUGAAACACCAUCAAGUCCUCCUCUUCUUUUACAUGAUCAUCCUGUUCAUGGUGUUUAUCGUGCAGUUCUCUGUUUCCAGUGCAUGUCUGGCUAUCAACAAAGAGCAACAGGAUCAUCUGCUCGAGGUCGGCUGGAAUAACUCCCACAGCACCCAAAGAGACGUGGAGAAGAGCCUCAACUGCUGCGGCUUCAGACAGCUUGAACUCAAUGCCACCUGCGAUGCCGACUGUUUUCCCAAUCACUCCUGUUUGCCGUGUGCUGAUAAGAUCCAGGAACACGCAGAUGAAGUCCUACGUUUCGUAGGAGGGACAGGACUUUUUUUCAGUUUCACUGAGAUUCUGGGCGUGUGGCUCACAUAUCGCUACAGGAACCAAAAGGACCCCCGAGCGAACCCCAGUGCAUUCCUGUGAAACAACCACCAAGUUCUGUCUUUAGACCUCCCUUUGCGCUUCACCUGUAAAUACCAGAAAAUGCGACUUUAAUGUGAUUUUUUUUUUUUUUUUUUAAGAUGGCAUCUUGUUCCCACUGGAACUGAAAUGAGUCAGUUUGUGUUUCUUACACUGAACUUUGUAGCCACUACACUCAAAAUGUGUACACUGUGCAAGAGCAAUUUUUGUUUUAUAACUGUUGUUUAUUCAGAAAAUAUUCACGGGGCUGGCCGCCGCUCUUUUUUUUUUCUUGUAGUAUUGUUGCUUUAACACCACUGGAUGCAAUAAUCUGCACAAAUCUACAUAAUGAUGAUUAUAUAAAUAUGAUUUAAAUCAUUUCAGAGAGCUUUGUGAGGACUGAAAGGAGUGCAUAAGAUUUGUAUGUGUGAUGUUCUGCGUCUAAGCAAAAAGAUGUGGUGACCUCUACCAGCUUGUCUCGCUUCUGACUGCAUCCUGUGUAUAUUUGGCCUUCUGCAUGACUCAUGUAAAUACAAGCGUGUCAGAACUGCACUGGUGAUUCUGUAAAUCAACUGUCUCAGACUUUGUAUUGUCAAUAAAACACUAAAGGAAUAAAUGAUCAUCUUGCUGUUU